AUGAGCAUAGCACCUGGAUGGAUGAUCCCGUUCAAAUUGAAGAAUGUGUUGAGGCCUAUUUUGAGAAAUUUUUUUGUGGAAAGUGAUGAAAGUGUUGAGGAAUUCCCUAUUUGGGGUGGUUUUCCUACCAUUGAUCGUGGCCUUGAGAACCUAGAGGCUCUUCCUACUUCUCUGGAGAUCAAGCAAGCCAUUUUCAUUAUGGGAAAGCUAAAAUCCUCAGACUUGAAGUUUGAGUAUGAGGGUGAAUUGAGGGAUGUAUGGUGUUUAGUAGUGAGUGAUCUGGGUCACAAAUGCUACUUUGUUUGGAUUAGAACCUGUCAGCACAGUAUCGAGGCUAUUCUGCUCAACCCUUAUGGGUAUGAGCUAAACCUUUCAAGCUUGGGUGUAGGUUACCCGAACCAUACAAGGAAACAGUGGGUACAAUGUGAUAAAUGCCAAAGAUGGCAACAUCAAAUAUGUGCACUCUUUAACAAUAAAAGAGAGUUGGAUUGCGGAGCUGAGUACAUAUGUCCUAUAUGCCGCUUAAAGGAAAUUGAAAAUGGAAUGCAUGUACCCAUACCAAAGACUGCUAUUUUUUGUGCCAAGGACUUGCCAAGCACCAUGCUCAGCGAGCACCUUGAGAAAAGACUUUUUAGUCGUCUCAUGCAAGAGAGAGAAGAUAGGGCAAAAGUUGAAGGGAAUGAAAAUUUUGAUGAGGUUUUAGCAGCAGAACAUCUAACUGUUAGAGUAGUAUUAUCUGUUGACAAACAAUUGAAAGUGAAGAACGAGUUUCAGGACAUCUUCUUGGAGGAAAGUUAUCCUACUGAGUUCCCUUAUAGAUCAAAAGUUAUUCUUUUGUUUCAGCAGAUUGAAGGAGUGGAUGUAUGCCUUUUUGGAAUGUAUGUCCAGGAGUUUGGCUCAGAAUGUGGCUACCCUAAUCAGCGUUGUGUAUAUAUUUCAUAUCUUGAUUCUAUUAAGUAUUUUAGGCCUGAAAGAGCGGCUAUGAGUGGAGAAGCUCUUCGAACCUUCGUUUACCAUGAGUUAUUGAUUGGAUACCUUGAUUUUUGCAAGAAACAAGGCUUCACAACUUGCUACAUAUGGGCCUGUCCUCCGUCGAAAGGGGGAGAUUAUUUACUAUAUCGUCAUCCUGGCAAUCAAAAGACUCCGAAGAAUGAUAAAUUACGGCACUGGUAUCAUUCAAUGCUAAGAAAGGCUGCUGAUGAAAAUAUUGUUGUUGGUUUAAGCAACAUAUAUGAUCGUUUCUUUGUUCCUAGUGAAAAAUGUGACUUCAAGGUAACUACUGCUCAUUUGCCAUACUUUGAUGGAAACUGUUGGUCUGGUGCUGCUAUGGAUCAUGCCAGGAACAUUGAACAAAAAAGUGGAGGAGACUAUGAAAGGGAGUUGAAGAAAGUGACAAAAAGAGCUUUAAAGGCCAUGGGAUAUGUAAAUCCUUCAAAAGGCACUGCCAAAGACAUUCUAGUGAUGCAGAAACUGGGCCAAACUAUAUUGCCUGUCAAGGAAGACUUCAUCGUAGUUCACCUUCAGUAUGCAUGCAUGCACUGCCAUGAAGUGAUAGUGUCUGGGAGGAGAUGGUUUUGCACUGAAUGCAAGAAAUUUCAGGAGUGUGAAAGAUGCCAUACUGCUGACUCGCACAUUUCACUUAGUGGCAAGAGGCAUAAACUUUGUCAGGUCCUCGUGGAUGAUAUCCCUUCUGAUACUAAGGAGAAUGAUAUGAUCCUUAAUAAUGAAUUAUUUGAGAUUAGGCAUAACUUUUUGAGUUUCUGCCAAAAGAAUCACUUUCAGUUUGACACACUCCGCCAUGCCAAGUAUUCCUCAAUGAUGAUCCACCAUCAUCUAAAUAAUCUGCUUGCUGUUCCAUGUAGCAUUUGCUCUAACAAUAAUGUAUUCCAACAAAGCUGGAAAUGUGAGAUUUGCCGUGAGUUCACUGUCUGCUCUGCAUGCUAUGAGAAGAGAGGUGCUAAUUUCCAUACACACAAGUUGAGUCAAACUUGUUCAACAGUAGAACAUCGGUCAGAGAAUCAAGAGUUAAAGCAGGAUCCUAUGCAGGAAUUUCUACAAGUUUUAUUGCAUGCAUCUCAAUGUCGCCCAACUAAAGCUCAGCCCUGCUCUUAUCCAAAAUGCAUUAAAAUUAAAAAAUUGUUCUCUCAUGCCAGUAAGUGCACUAUUAAAGCUGGUGGGGGCUGCCAGUAUUGUAAGAAGGCAUGGUUGGGACUAGCUGCACACUCGAAGAAUUGUAGGGACUCAGAAUGUCGCGUCCCACGUUGCAAGGAUCUGAAGAAGCAUGCAGAAUGGAUAGAAAUGCAAUCUGAAUCUCAACGUAGAGCUGCAAUUGUUGAAAGCAAAAGUGCAUUCGCUAAUCAAUAA